AUGCCAAAGAAUCUUACCGGUCAAGAUUGUAUGGCGGAACCACCUGUACCGCGCGCUUUAUGGAGUCAACGGCAACGAGGAGACCCGGCUCCAUGGGGACGUCCAGGAGACCGGGGGACAUGGGCAGGUAUUCUGCCGGAAUCUAUUGGAGGCGCUGGGAAUUCUCUCGUUUAUCCCGGCCAUGCAACAUCUGGAAUGGCGCAGCCGCCUGGUGAGAAGACAGCCCUUACCAGCACAACCACAGGAGCAGCCGAGGCCACAACCCCAACCGUUCCGGCCGCACAACAUCGAGGAGCUGCGGCCGGAACACCGCGUCGAGGUGGCGGCACCGGAACACGAAGCAUAUCAUAUAUGCGACCAACAACAAAUUUGGUGCCGCCUACCAAACUGCUCCAGGCCGCAGCAACCCUUUAA